UUAUGGUCCCUCUCCAGAUCUCAGGCACAACGAGGCAAGCAGGCAGGUCCUGAAGAGAAAUCAGAGAGAAGAAUUAAAACCCAACCUGAUCAUGUCUGGCUUCAAGUCCACCAUGCUGCAGCUUGUCUUCCUUGGGGCACUGUUUGUUUCGCCUGCUUAUCUUCAGCAGCCACCUUGUGAUAUCGUCAAGAAGACAGUUACGCGGGGCGCUUACAAGCUAAACGUGGAACCUUCUUAUUUCAAACCAAGUGCCAUCUACACAGUCACCAUUACUGGGAUUGACAACAGCACUUCCGUCAUCCUGCAAGCCCUGCCCUCUGAAUAUGGCUCCAGCGGUCUGUGGGAAAGUGAAAACAAACCGAUCAGCUGCAGUGGCGUCGAGAACCUGGUGGAGACAAACGUCUCCAGCGACAACAGCGCCCGAACUCGCUGGACGGCCCCCAAUGCCAACGUGGAAUCUGUGCUCAUAAAGUCUUUUGUCACCUUUGCCAACGGAACGACCCUGCUGCAAACUCAGACCCUGGAAAGAGACACAACAACAACUAGCACCAGAUCGGUGUCCUCCUCCGCCACCCCUCGCCCUGACACCAGCACCACUGGUACCCAGAAGCCGACGCUUCACAGCAACUCGCCCGAUGCCCACAUCCUCCUCAACGCCACCACCAUCCACCACCAUAACUUGGCUUCCUCCCACCAGUGGACGCAAGGUCCCAAAGGCUCGGCCUCUGCAGCUCAAGGCAGCUCCUUCCUCCUGGCAUUCCUGCAACUCCUCUCCAUCUCGCUCGGCUUCAAGCUCCUCUCCUAAGCUGAAUGCUGAAUCCCGAAUCUCCCACAACACGCAUUCCCUGCUUUCCUCGCAUGCGUGGCCACUUUCCCUUCCAAUCAGAACGUGAAGGGCGGGUGGUCUCCUCGAGAAGGAAAUCCCUCCCUCCCUGCCUUCACCUGCAGCUCUCUUUCCCCUCCCCGCCAUUAGGCAUCUUUAUUUGCACAUUUAUUUCAUCAAUCCCUAAUAUAGCCCAGCUGCAGACUUAGAAGAUAUGGCAGCAGGUAGCUGUCCUGAGAGACACCCAAAGAGAGAGGGCUCGUGCCUUUAGGGGGACGGGAGCAAGAUCCAAACAUUGUCUCUUUUUUAUUUCUUCUGUUUCCCUGCCUUGGGGACAAAAAUAUAAUAAUAAGCUAAAUCAUCAACAGACUUACUCUGCCUGCUGCAUAUGGAUCCAGCGCUGCUAAGAUCUUCCUUGGCAAGAGUAGGAAUAGACCAGAUAUUUUAAGUUAAUAUUAUUUUAUCAGGCUCGGGACAAUGAUGCAACCUUAGGAAAGGAAGCCUCUCAACAGUUCCUUCUGUGCCUCCCACCCCCACCCCAAAAUUCUUCCAGUUCUCUGAAAGAGAAGCGCUAGGCAACCGGUCUCUAUCCUUGACUGGAUGACACAGGCAGGCACUGCAGAAUGGAAGGAAAGGCUGAUCCAUUGAGAAUCCCCACUAUACACUACGAACAAAGGAAGCAGCGUUUUCUACCUCCAUGUAGUUCAAGAAGGCUGUUCCAUAAUUCUGACGCCACACACAAGCCCACACCCCUGUCCCAUAUUUUAUUUUCUCCGAUAGAGGAAAGAAAACCCGGUGUUUCCAUUUAAACACAGAUCCGAAUGCCCAUGUGCCAAAUUGCACCCUUUCUUCAGCUUCUGAAACAACCAUCAGAAGACGUUAUGCAGAUCAAGGGAAGCCCUUUCAUUUACUGUACAUUAAACUCUUAGGAGCCCCCUGCUGGCAGGGCAACCCCCGUGGACUGUAAAAUAUUUAUUUGCUCUGAAAUACUCUGAUAACUCCUCUGCUCCCUAAGAAGUCCUCACCCUACUGUCUCCAUAGGUUGUAUGCAGAGAGGGGAAUGGGGUGGAAGCAAAAGAGAUGAAGGAUGAACCAAGUCUUUUGGCGGUUAAUUGUGGGCUUCCACAGAAAGAUGGGCUGGGUCUGCUGCCAGUGGCUUUUGUUACAGACUGUGUUUCCUCAGGGAAAUGUAUUUUUGAAAUCUAUUGUAUUUGAAAGACCCUGGUUCAAUAAAACUGCUUCAUAAUCUCCUAUAUAUAA